UUGACGCCGCUUCCCUUUAAGAGCCCGUUAUGCGUCACCUGACCAGGUCCACCGACAACCGAAAAGGCAGGACCUUAACCUGCAUUACCAGAAAAAUAAGCAACUAAAUAUCCAAGAUCUACACGAUAUAUCAGUGAAACGUGAACAAUUACUUGUCUUCAUAGGCUACUCUCGCCCUUGAAAAGGCUUGAAAAAGACACGUCAUCAUCACCAUCAUCAUCCGACAGGACGGGAAGGACACACGGGCUUUGACCGAAAAAUACCGAGGCUCCGGAAUCCCGAACAGGUUUAUACUGGAUUAAUCAACGGAACGUUUUUUCAACUCGUUUUUAUGCUUUUGUUCUAUUCAUUCCAUUGAAAAAAGAAGGGUUCAACGUAAAACGCCCCGUCAUUUCGGUUUGAUGUUUUUUUAAAAAAAAAUACAUAUAUUAAUCAAAGGUGACAGUUUACCGUAUUAAUUUGAUUAUUUAUUUCCCACAAGAGCCAGAAAAUAGCUCGGCGUAGGGCGUUACGUAAUAGGAGCAUUAUCCAUGGUGCUGAAACCAACCCAUGCAUAGACGCCUACAUCGACCAAAUUUUAUAGAAAUAAACUUCAAACAUAUAUUUUUGUGCUUUUGAAUACGUCAUUUCAGGCGCUCUUGUUGGAAACCAAAAGGAGAAAUCGACAUUGUCAGUUUACGUAGAGCCACCUUGGAUUCCGUUUCCUUUUUUGUCGGCGAAUAUCAUAUGCAUUUCGACUGUCCUUCCCCCUGAAGUUGAUUCUUGAGGUGGUUGUCGACGCUACCGGGAGAAAAUGUCGGGACAGACUCUGACGGAUCGCAUCGCCGCGGCGCAGUACCAGCUCACCGGAUCCGAGGUGGCUCGUGCCGUUUGCAAAGCCACCACGCACGAGGUGAUGGCGCCCAAGAAGAAGCACCUGGAUUAUCUGAUCUCAGCCACCAACGAGACAAACGUGAACAUCCCUCAGAUGGCUGACACACUAUUCGAGAGAUCCACUAAUGCCAGCUGGGUGGUCGUGUUCAAAGCUCUAACCACGACUCACCACAUCAGCAUCUACGGCAAUGAGAGAUUCAUCCAGUAUUUGGCCUCCCGAACUUCCCUGUUUAAUCUCAGCAACUUUAUUGACAAAACAGGCUCUCAUGGCUAUGACAUGUCGACAUUCAUCAGGCGAUAUGCACGGUACUUGAAUGAGAAGGCAUAUGCUUACCGGGCGAUGGCCUUCGACUUCACUCGAGUUAAAAAGGGAGCUGAGGGUGUGAUGAGGACUAUGGCUCCUGACAAGCUCUUGAAGGCCAUGCCUGCCCUGCAGACUCAAGUGGACACACUGCUGGAGUUUGACGUUCAUCCUAAAGACUUGAACAACGGCAUCAUAAACGCAGCCUUCUUGCUUCUCUUUAAGGAUCUGAUAAAGCUCUUCGCCUCCUACAAUGACGGCAUCAUCAAUUUAUUAGAGAAAUAUUUCAAAAUGAAGAAGUCUGAAUGCAAGGAUUCUCUGGAGAUUUAUAAGAAAUUUCUGACCCGGGUGACCAAAAUUGCAGAGUUCAUGAAAAUUGCUGAGCAAAUAGGAGUGGAUAAGAAUGACAUCCCUGACAUCUCUUAUGCUCCCACCAGUAUUCUGGAAUCUCUGGAGACACAUAUGAACAGUCUAGAAGGGAAGAAAGGGGAAGGGUCACCCACAAAGGGAUCACCCACCAAUAAUGUGUCUCCAACCUCCACUCCCGCCAAAUCUGCCGCUGCCGUCCCAACUUUGGAGCCGCCACGCUCCGAGGCCACGCCAGCUGCCGAAACUGCCACUGAUUCUCUUCUGGAUCUGGACCCGUUGUCUUCCUCUGGACCUUCUGCAGGAGGAGCAUCAGCUGCUCCCACAUCUUGGGGAGAUCUGCUGGGGUCAGAAAUGGGUUCCCUUACUUCAGAGACUCUCCUUCCUGACCCAACCCUUGCCGUAGACUCCAACUCCUCAGCCACGCCCACAGCCGCUGAGGCAGCCGUUUCAUUGGCUCCUCCUCCUUCCGCUGCUUCCUCCGGCUCAGCCGAUCUCCUCGGAGAUGUGUUUGCGGCCCCUGCGGCUGAAACAGCUGCUGCUGCAGAGGGCGGGGCCACAGCAGCCACGCCCACUUCUGCUGCCGAUGGCACCACGGCAACUGAAUCGGCAGGUGCUGGUGAGGCCAAACCAGCCGCAGCAACCACAGGUGGAGAUCUGAUGUCGGCUUUUGAUGGAAUGGGUGAUAUGCUCAUGCCAGCUAUGGCUCCCCAGGCAUCAGGGGCGUCACCCAUGACCAACUCACCGGUCAAACCCAUGGGAGGAAACCUGGACUCAGCUAUGGCCAACAUGGCCAGCAAUUUGACAAUGGGGAACCAGAAACCGGGUGAAGCAGCUGGAGGGACGAACUGGCAAGCGCAGGUACCCACCCCUAGCUGGGGCGUUGCCAUGAAUCCCCCUCUUGGGGUCUGUCCUGUCAUGGGAUCCCCAUCACCAUUUGGCAUGCCUGGAGCAGGAGCUUCUCCCAUGAUGCCUGGCUCACCGAUGAUGGCCUCCCAACAACCAAUGAUGAGGCCACAGUUUCCGGCAGCAGGAGCCCCUGGACAACCGAUGUCUCCGGGAAUGGCCCAGAGUCCCAGAAAGCCUCCACCUUCUAAAGAUCCUCUCGCUGACCUCAAUAUCAAAGACUUCAUGUAGAUGAGCAGCUGGUUUGUCACACUUAUUGUGCAGCCCCGAUGAAUCAGACGUGUGUACUCUCUUCCAUUCAUCACAUUCAGGGCCUCCAGACCCUCCUUCUCUCUCUCUCUCUCUCUCUCUCUCUCUCUCUCUUUCCCUCCCUCCCUUUCUGUCUGUUGUUGUAGCACAAACCGUGAACGUGACUAAAUACAUGUGUGUACGUGUGUUUGUAUUUCAAUGUUCUCAGUUACUUCAGAUCUAUAUAUAAAAAAAAAAUAAAAAAAAUACUAUGAAGAGUAAUGGGCGAUGCAUUCUUGAACGUGCAUCUGCGGGUCUCUUAAUGAUAGAUGUGCAUUCAUUUUUCCUGGCUCGCUUUCCGUGGGAAAUCAAAUCAAAUGUGUGACGUUUUCUGUGGAAAAUGUUUUUUUUGCUGUGGAAAAUAUCACUGGGCCGGUAUGUGUCAUCAUCAGUCGAGUAUUAGUCAUCUUUUGACCAUGGAAUAACUUCUGUGGGAACAAUAUCAACGUAUUACGAGUUAAGGUAGUGUCUCGCGCACUGUUUCUUUUUAUCAAUGCCCUGAUUUUAUUCUUUUUUUCGUAUCUAUAUUGAUUGUGAGUUACAUGUGACAUGUGACCAUUUAAUGAAAAUAAAUAUGCAUUUUAGAACAUUUUCAAUUACAGAUUGUUUUGAAUAUCCUUAGUCUUUAUUUUGAGAUAAAAAGGUUGAAUAUAUUUUAGUUAUGUCAGAAGUUUACUUUGCAUACUACAUGGCUAGUUAGUAAAUCCCAUUUGUACAAAGGUCUGUGUCCAUCAAAAGACACUGUCUGAGCCGAUCGAGUCCUGCUUGUACGUACAAUAUAAUAUCACAGCAUGUAAUUCCUUUGUUGUGUAAAGGGGGACGCCAUUGAGCCAGAACAGAUUCUAUCAGCAGCAAGUUCAUCAGCCAGUCUCAAAACAGGACUAAAUAGAACUGGCUGCCCGGUGUUUUGUUGUAUGCAACUUUGCAAGUGAGUGUUUGCUGCAAGUAUCAAGGAUAUCAAAGGGACAAACAGCAGUUUAAUGGGACAGUAUUGCAUUUUAUUGAUGGCUGUUUUUUAUUUCAAUUGAACAUUUUGUUGAUAAAUUUUAUUUUUGGAUGGAAUAACACCCUUUGCCCCUCCCACCUUUGUGCAUGUUAGUCCUGUUGAAAUGCAAUAAACAGUGAUCUGGAGAGAAA